AUGGUGAAGAACAAGGGAUGUGAAAGUGAAGAAGAUGAAGAGAAAUGGGUGCAUGAUGCAUCUGUGGAUUAUAAGGGCAAAACUCCUCUCCGUGCUUCCACCGGUGUAUGGAAAGCUUCUCUUUUUGUCCUUACAAUAGAAUUUAGUGAAAGGAUUUGCCACUUUGGGAUAUCCAGUAAUCUUAUCACGUACCUGACUGAAGUGAUGCAUGAAGACCUCAAUACAGCGACCAAGAAUGUAAACUACUGGGUAGGAGCAACAACCCUCAUGCCUCUAAUUGGGGGUUUUGUUGCUGAUGCCUAUACUGGUCGAUUUCAUAUGAUCCUCUUUUCUUCCAUCAUAUACCUCAAGAAUUAUGGAUUAAGCAUGUUAACCAUGUCUCAGUUCAUUCCAAGUCUAAAACCAUGCAAAAAUGAGAUAUGUCAUCGACAAAGGAAGGUUCAUGAAGUAGUUUUCUUCCUAGCUCUUUACUGUAUUGCCUUGGGCACUGGAGGAUACAAACCAUCCUUAGAAAGCUUUGGUGCUGAUCAGUUUGAUGAUGACCACCUUGAAGAACGCAAGAAGAGGAUGUCUUUCUUCAACUGGUGGACCUUUGCACUGUGUGUUGCAAUGCUGAUUGGGACUACAGUGGUUGUUUGGGUUGAGGACUUCGUUAGCUGGGGAGUUGCUUGUCUCAUCCUUACUGUUUUUAUGGCUCUCAAUGUCAUUGCUUUCUAUGUGGGGAAGCCUUUUUACAGGUACAGAAGGGCAGAAGGAAACCCUUUCAUGCCAAUUCUACAAGUCCUAAUUGCAGCCAUAAGGAAAAGGAAUCUCUCUUGUCCUUCAAAUCCUUCUCUUUUGUAUGAAGUCACUCAGUCAGACAAAUCCCAAGGAAAGCUUCUAAGCCAUACUAGCAGGCUCAGGUUUCUUGACAAGGCUGCAAUAGUAGAAGAGAAGUAUACUGAGCAAAAAGCCAAUCCAUGGAGAUUAGCAACAGUGACAAGAGUGGAGGAAACAAAGCUUAUUCUGAACAGUAUUCCCAUUUGGCUAACUUCAUUGAUAGUUGGUGUGUGUAUAGCGCAAGGAUCAACACUUUUUGUCAAACAAGCAGCUGCUAUGAACUUAAAUAUAAGCAACAGCAUAAAAAUUCCACCAGCUUCUAUGGCAUCUGUUUCAGCUAUUAGCUCGAUAAUAUCUGUCCCAAUAUACGAUAAGAUUAUUGUUCCAAUAAUGAGGAAAAUCACAGGUAACGAAAGAGGUAUCAGCAUCCUUAGGAGGAUUGCCAUUGGCUUAGUAUUCUUAGUCAUACACAUGGUUGUUGCUGCCUUAGUCGAAACAAAGAGAUUAAGAAUGGCUGGUCACGAGACUAUGAGUGUGUUGUGGCUAAUACCCCAAUACUUGAUCCUUGGAAUUGGAGGAGAUUCUUUGUCUCUAAUUGGUUUGCAAGAGUAUUUCUAUGACCAAGUCCCUGACUCAAUGAGAAGCUUAGGAAUGGCUUUGUAUCUUAGUGUGAUUGGAGUAGGAUUCUUCUUAAGCAGCUUUCUGAUAAUCAUUGUGGACCAUGUCACAGGGAAUAAUAAUGGCAAAAGUUGGAUUGCAAAGGAUAUAAAUUCAAGCCGUCUUGAUUGGUUUUACUGGUUGUUGGCUGUCAUCAACGCUCUAAAUUUGUGUUUCUUUCUGUUCUUGCAAAAGAGGUACACUUACAAGACUGUACAAAGGAAAGUUACUGAAAUUGAUGGUUCUAACAAUGACAGGGUGGAGAUAAUGACUUGA